AUGUUAAAACUUCUAAAAAUCCAUCCUUCUUCGAAUCUCACUUAUUGUACGCAAAUGUACGACAAACAAUACAUCAAUAUAUAUUUAAUAACAAUCAAGAUUCUGUGUCACCCCAAACCUAGUUAAUCCCUCAGAAUAUUUUCAAAAUUCUAUAAUCAGAUAAGCUUGAAUUAUUAUCAUUCUUCAUGGUAUUUAAGAGGUGCAUAUUCAAUUGCAUACUCAAUAAUAGCCAAAUUUCAACUCCCUGAGAAUCAGAAUCAUAAAUUUAUGUAGAAUCUAUCGAUAAGAAUUAAAUUCCUGAAUAAAACUUAGUAAAGGUACUCUAUUUCUCGGAAUGCCUUAGAAAAUGA